AUGGCAAGUGAGGAGGAGAGUGUUCUUGCCUUAGUGCGUUGCUCUGGGAAAAUUAAAAAAAGCAAAAGCCAUGGUGUGAAGUUCACAGACAAAGAACCAUUGAGUGUGUUCAUCAGUUCGUCAAGCACUUUGUCAGAUCUAAAGAAUAGCAUCUUGCAGAAGCUUGGCGUCUUUGGUACGAAGUGGGUGAAGAAGCUAUUCUACAAGAUUCCCAUCGCAGUUGUCUCGACGGGUGUUCAGUAUGAUACCUUUGUGCUAGUGGCUGAUGAAGAUAUUAGGGUUCUGUUCCAUUGUGUUAGGAGUUUUCCAGAGAUCCGAAUUCACGAGUUGUUUGCGAAGUUGGAGGUUGGUGUCGAUAGUUCUGGGGCAUCAGCUCCAUUUCAUAGCUCGACUGCCGCGGGAGGUGCGUCUAUUUCGAUGCCUGCGGUCAGACCGUAUCUUCCGCCGGUGGGUUCCCCUACGUUCGCGGCUGAUUUAGAGCGAACGGUGGUUGUUGGUUCUGUACAGUUGGAGAAUGAAGGAAUAUUUGAGCAGGCUGAUGUCGUUGGCACCGGUGGUGGCCAGUUACCUUAUAUGGAAGGUUUUGGUGAACCUGAUAGAGUAGAGAAUGCAAUGUGUGACGAUGACUCUGACCAGGAGCCUGUCGAUAUCAUCGGGGACAGCGACGACGACACAGGUGCCAAUCCACAUGCGCAGCAUGGGCCUUCAAGUUCUGCUUCUCAACAGUACCCUCCACACUUCUCCACACUAAACUUGGAGGUUCUUGGUCAACAGGAGGACGGUGGUAACACGGUCGGGGGCUCUUCUACAGAAUUUCAGAUUGGGCAAUCUUUCCAGAAUAAAGAUGAGGCUGUGCUGAGUGUGAAGGACUAUAGCAUCCGACGAGGUGUUGAGUACAGAGUCAUCGAAUCAGAUCAUCUGAAGUAUCAUGGAAAAUGCAAGCAAUUCAGCAAGGGUUGUACUUGGUUGAUUCGCGUUGCGCUGCGUGCACGAAAUGGCACUUGGGAGGUUAGGAGGUACAACGGGCCACACACAUGCUUGGCAACCUCUAUUUCCAGUGAUCACCGUCAGCUGGAUAACCACGUUAUCUGUGCGAGGAUUCUUCCGUUGGUUAGGGCAGAUGCUGCAUUUACGGUAAAGGUACUGCAACAAGCUACAGAAGCCGAUUAUGGUUUCAGGCCUAGUUACAGGAAGGUUUGGAUGUCGAAGCAGAAGGCAGUGGCACAAAUAUAUGGAGAUUGGGAAGAGUCGUACGCGGAGUUGCCACGUUGGAUGCUAGGAGUACAGUCAACAAUGGCCGGAACAAUAACCGUGUUGAAGACCUCUCCUGUUCGGCUUCGUGGUGAGGUUGAUGAGUCGACGGUGUACUUUCACCGAUUAUUCUGGACAUUCCCACCCUGUAUCGAGGCAUUCCGUCAUUGCAAGCCCCUUGUCAGUAUUGACGGUACCCACUUGUAUGGCAAGUAUGGAGGGACACUGCUGUUGGCGAUUGCGCAGGAUGGGAACUCCAACAUCCUCCCCAUUGCAUUCGCCCUUGUGGAAGGAGAAAAUGCAGAGUCGUGGUCAUUCUUCUUGUCCAACCUACGAGAGCAUGUGACUCCUCAGAAGGGUAUCCUUGUGAUCUCUGACAGGCAUAACGGGAUCAAGGCAGCGCUUGAGGCACCUGAGACUGGGUGGCUGCCGCCUCGUACAUUCCGAGCGUACUGUAUUCGGCAUGUGGCAGCGAAUUUUGCCCUAACUUUCAAAGGUAAAGAUUCAAGGAGGAUGUUAGUGAAUGCUGCCUACGCAAAGACUGAAGCAGAGUUUUAUUACUGGUUUGACAUCAUGCGCACUGAGAAUCCAGCAAUGUGUGAAUGGGCCAAUCGAAUGGAGUACGACAAAUGGACCCAACAUGAGGAUAGUGGUAGACGGUUCGGGCACAUGACAACCAACAUCAGUGAAUGUGUGAACUCGGUGCUAAAGAGAACUCGAAACCUCCCGGUCACAUCGUUGGUUCAGUCAACUUACGGGAGGCUUGCUCAGCUUUUUGUGGUACGGGGAUGA